UUCUCGCAAUUCGAGCUUUCAACCGCUUCUUCCUCGAUUCCUCCGUUGCCUCGCCGGCGCUCCUUUCCGGCCUCCUCCGCUCCUUCCCGGUGAAAUCAAGGGGUGUUCCUGCCCCUUGUUGCAGAACUAUCAUAGAUCGGCAGAAUGGAGCAAACUGAACAACCAUGCAUUGUACAAGCUCUACCAGCCAUCAAUGCUGCAGGCAUGGGCACAUCAUCAAAGCAAAACAACUUCAAGAUAGUACACUAUCGCCGGCACGCCAGCAGGAUGGAAAGCCAACUACCUUGCAUUGUCCAAGCUCUACCAGCAGCAUCAAACAAGCUUACACCCACAAAGCAAGGCACUACUAGUCGAAAAGGCGAUGGCACCCCUGCAAAGCAAGGCACUACUAGUCGAAAAGACACUGGGGCACCCACAAAGCAAGGCACUACUAGUCGAAAAGAUGAUCGGGCACACACAAAGGAAGGCACUACUAGUCGAAAAGAUAAUGGGGCACCCACAAAGCAAGGUACUACUAGUCGAAAAGAUGACGGUGCACCCCCAAAGUGGGAAUUGGCUAUUAUUCAGGCACCACCAAGUUGUCGUUACACCCGCUCUCAGGCCGCUCCUGAUUGGACCCAACAGGAGAUGCUCAUUCUUGUUAAUGAGAUGGCAGGACUGGAGGAAGACUGGCUUAAAUCUGUAUCCUCAUUUCAGAGAUGGAAGAUUGUAUCUGACAAUUGUGCGGUCUCAGAUGUCAUUAGAUCUUCAAAUCAGUGCAAGAGAAAGUGGGAGUUACUGCUAGCUGAUUAUAAGAAAAUUAGGAAAUGGGAGUCUCACACCCGGGGGAGCUCUUAUUGGUCUUUGGAUGGUAAACGGAGAAAAAGUUUUGGGCUUCCAGCUGUGUUUGACAAUCAAGUAUUUGACUCCAUGGAUGCUGUUAUCAAAGCACAGGAAGAUCAAAUGGGCUUAAGCAAGAGUGAUUCGGAAGGCCAUAUUGCCACAGCUGGGGUUGAACAACAGAUGGAUGUUGAUACUGAUUCAGGUUCUGAAGGGGAAACAUGGAGCAAGACAGAUGAGAAGAGCACUGAUAAGGCACAAGAAACAGCCAGCAGGCUUGAGGACAAUGCAAUGCGGAUUCAUGCCAUACUGAAAGGUGAAAUAGAAGGGAUUUCAGAUACUUCCGAGACCGAGUUAGCAAGGCGACAAGCUGUAGAGCUGAUUGGAGCAUUUGGUGAUCUCACUGGCACAAUCAAUGAGUUCAUAGAUUUAAUCAAGGCUGGUGAGUUUGAAGGAAUCAGAGCUUGUAAAUCACUGACUCCAUGAUUUCUGUUGCUACCAAUGCUCUUAUAUGUGUGUUGUGUAAAGCUGCUUCCUUGUGUAAUGCUCUUAAAUGCACAUAUUCCAUUCCUAGCAAAUGGGCUGCACCAAUACUAAGAUAAUUAUCUUGUGGUUAUAGGCAUGGCAAAUUAUUUUUGUUUGUUUGUUGCUCAGAACAAAAUGCCCACCUAGGAAAGGACUGAUUUUAAUGGCGGUGAAACAAGAAAUUUAGGUUUUUUUUUUUCUUUGUUAAAAAAUGUUGAUGAGGCUCUUGAGCUUUUUUUUCAUAUGUAUUUUUUUCAUAUGUAUUUAAGGUAAGGUAGUGGUUGAUUGAA